AUGGCACCUUCUGCCAUUACAGAGUACCCGGUUACAACUACUACUACUAUCGAUCAAAAGAUCAAUUUUAUUGAUACUCAUCAUGGCGACGAUGAAACCAAUGCAACAGGCCUUGCCUCAAAGGCUCUCGUCCAGAAGGUUCUGAAGGAGCAAAUCGCUCGUAUUGACACUGAUACAUGUGAACCCGGCGAGGAGGAUGCCUUUUACGUGGCUGACCUUGGAGAGGUCUAUCGCCAGCACCUCCGAUGGAAACUGAACCUCGCCAGAGUCAAACCAUUCUAUGCUGUCAAAUGUAACCCUGACAGGGAGGUGUUGCGGUUGCUUGCGAAUAUGGGCACCGGGUUCGAUUGUGCGUCCAAGGCUGAGAUCGACUUGGUGCUGAGUCUUGGCAUCGAUCCUGGCCGCAUCAUUUACGCGCAACCAUGCAAGACCAAGUCCUAUCUCCGCCACGCGGCCAGAGUUGGCGUCAAACAGAUGACUUUCGACAAUGGUGACGAAUUGCUCAAGAUCAAGGCCUGCUACCCGGACGCUGAGCUGGUGCUCCGUAUCUUGACCGAUGACUCAGCAAGCCUGUGCCGGCUGAGCGCCAAGUACGGAGCCAGUGUCGAAGAUGCUAGCGAGCUGCUCCGCUUGGCCAACGACCUUGAUCUCAACGUUGUAGGCGUGAGCUUCCACGUCGGCUCCGGUGCCAGCGAUCCUAGCUCCUUCCGCAAGUCUGUUCAGGAUGCGCGCGAAGUCUUCGAUAUGGCUGGCGAGCUCGGAUUUGACAUGAAACUACUCGAUGUUGGGGGCGGAUUCGUUGACGAGACAUUCGAGUUGUUCGCUGGCGCGCUUACUGAUGCUCUGGAAGAGUACUUUCCAGGCGAUGUACGCAUCAUCGGUGAGCCUGGACGCUACUACGCCUCCAACGCCUUCACACUGGCUGCGAACGUCAUUGCACGCCGCGAAGUCAUGGGUGAGACGCUCGACGAGCGCUCAUACAUGCUGUACCUCAAUGAUGGGGUUUACGGCAACUUCAGCAACAUUAUCUUCGACCACCAACAUCCUAUUCCACAGGUGUUGCAAGCCUCGUCUGCGACCACUAAGCUCACCGAGUACUCGAUUUGGGGCCCGACAUGCGACGGCAUUGAUGUGAUUGCUGACCGUUAUACUCUUCCUGGAAUCGUUGAUGUGGGAGACUGGCUGUUCUUCGAGAACAUGGGAGCCUAUACCAAGUGCUCAGCCACGCGGUUCAACGGCUUCACAGAUGCUCACGAAGUGAUCUACAUCUCUAGCGAGCCUGGUGCUUCAGCCUUGCUCGGAUAUUGA